AACUACUUCUCUACUACCUAGUGAAGCAAUUAAUGGCUCAUUUGGUUUUCUUUGUUUUGUUGUUUGCUGGGCAAGUGAUUGGUGGGUUCAGUACCCAGAAACUGCCUUCUUCUGACAAAGGAAACGUAUUAACCGUUCUGAGCAUUGAUGGUGGUGGUAUCAGAGGGAUUAUUCCGGCAACAGUUCUUGAUCACUUAGAUAAGGCUCUUAAGGCUAGGGAUCCAAAUGCAGAUUUAGCACAUUUCUUUGAUGUGAUAGGAGGGAGUGGCACUGGUGCACUCAUAACAGCUUUGUUAGCCACACCAAGCCCUCAUGAUCCUACUCGUGCUGCUUUUACUCCUUCACAAAUUGUAGACUUCUACAAACAAAAUGGCCCUCAUGUAUUCAAUUCAUCUAGACCUGGAAACGGUUCCAGGUUCGAUGGGGAGUUUUUACACAACAUAACUCGUGAACUGUUGAAGGAUACACGACUUAGUCAGACACUGACCAAUGUUGUCAUCCCAACUUUCGACAUCAAGACAAAAAAGCCAGUUAUAUUCUCAAACUACAAGGUUGAGAAGUAUCCCUACUUCAAUGCCUUGUUGUCGGAUAUAUGCAUAUCGGCUUCAGCAGCACCCACUCUUCUGCCACCUUACUAUUUUAAGAAUGAUGGUGUUGAGUUCAAUAUGAUUAGUGGUGCAGACUUGAGUAUGUUUGAAGAUAGUCUAGUUGAUGGGAAUCCGACAGGAGCAGCAAUGGCUGAAAUACUACGAUACAAUAAGUAUUCCAAAAUACUUGUAUUGUCUUUGGGAACUGGAACACCACAAACUAGGGAGAUUUAUGAUGUUGAAAAGGCUGCCACAUGGACACCUCAGAAGUGGAUUGUUCCUUUGCUUAUUUUUCUCGAUCGUGUAUCUACCGCCAUGGCAGAAUACUAUGAAGGUUCACUCGCCCAAAAACCUACCUUUAACUACCUUCGAAUUCAGGAAUACAGCUUGGAUCUUAGGCACUCUAGCAUGACUAAUGUUGGAAAACUAAACAUGAACUCGCUUGAAACGACUGGGAAAAAUCUUUUAAAUGAAAAGGUUAAGGAGAUAAAUUUGGACACUUUCAAUAUAAAAGAAGGCAAUGGAACAAAUGCUGCGGCCCUUGACAGCAUUGCUGAUAUUUUGUUUGGAGAAAGACAGCAUCGUCUGAAACAAAAAUCUAUGGAAAAAGGAGGAAGACCAUUUCAUGAAACUCUUAGGGUUCCUUCAGACAAAACUGAAGCAAAUUGGGCAUUUCAAAAGAGUAAAGUUAUGUAAUCUCAUUUGUAUGAGUUUGUAGUAGUUAUCCAUGCUUGUUGUACUCUCUAUAGAAUAAGGUUGAAGGCAUAUAUAAUAUAAAUAUAUUUGAGUUCUGUGCAAGAACCAUGA